AUGCGCUUCUACGCCAGCGUCGCAUUGAAGUCUCCAAAUGGUGCGACAGUUGGAACGCUUUGCAUCUUCGACAACAAGAGCCGAGACGGUCUUUCCAAAGAGGAAGCCGAACUAUUUAAGGACCUUGGUUCCACGGUUGUUAAUUAUCUGAACAUAUACACAAUUAGAGACCAGUACAGACGGGGGGAGAGGUUCACACGCGGUCUUGUCUCUUUUGCUGAAGGCGCAUCUGCUUUGGUACCUUUCGAGAGAGAAGUUCGGCAAGAUUCGGCAUUACCUUCACAAACAUCAUCUGAUAUAUCUUCUACAACGGACAAGGAGAUAGUGUCUACAGACGACGCCGAAAAGGUACACGAAGGUGUCGAGUUAAACGAGACUACUCCCAAUCAUCCCCUAUCAGCGAUAUCAAAGACAGCUCGUGCUAAAUCCGCCCGGCACCGAUCAAUACGUUCGCUUCAGGACUCUAUCCUGCCCAAUGACUCAAAGUCCAUGUUCUCACGUGCUGCGAACGUAAUUAUGGGCUCGAGCGACCUGGACGGAGUGCUUAUACUCGACGCGAGCGUUGCGGCGAGCGGUGGACGUCGUCGUGCCAACAGCGCCUCAGGAAGUGGUACUGAGGCUCCUUCCGAAUCAUACCAAUCUAGGUCCUCCAGCGACGAUGCAAGCUCGAACAGUACUGAGGAACAUCAGCGCGGCUCUUCUUCAUCGAGUUCCAAGAUGUGUCAGCUGCUUGGUGUGGCCACUCCGAGCGACAAAGAGAAUCCCGAGUAUGGGACAUUGUUAGAGCCCGACCUGUCACGUUUGUUCCACGAAUAUCCACAUGGCAAAAUUUUUACAUUCUGCGCCGAAGGUCAUUCUUUGUCCUCUACUGAGGAGUCGACAUCGAACCCUAACGAUACUGAAAAUCUAUCACCUGCUACAUCAUCGAAGCGCAAGACCAACGGCCGGCCACAGCGAGGAUCGACUGCUAUCCAAGCCAUGUUCCCUAAAGCACGCAGUGUCGCUUUUGUUCCCUUUUGGGAUUUUGAGAGGGCUCGAUGGUUUGCUGGUUGCCUAUGUUGGAGCAAUGAUGCGUAUCGAUUGCUGUCCGCUUCAGUGGAUUUGGCAUACUUCAAGAUUUUCAGCCAUUCCAUCAUGAGGGAAUUGUCCAGGCUAGAUGCUGUAGCUUUGAACCAGGCUAAAACGACGUUUGUCGCUUCCAUAUCACAUGAACUUCGUUCACCUCUACACGGCAUCCUGGGUACGCUGGAGUUCAUCAAAGACACCCCCCUCGAUUCAUUUCAGACCAGUAUGAUGAACUCUUUGCAUGCUUGUGGUUCAACUCUUCUCGAUACUAUCAACCACGUCAUGGACUAUGCCAAGAUUAGCGAUGCUAAGAAAAGCGUGUCCUCCAAGAGACUGAAAAAUGCGAAUACGAUACGACUAUCUUCGAAGCCAUUGAAGAACCGUCGAAGAAAAGAUCUCGCAUUUGAUCUUACCAUCGCAACCGAAGAAGUCGUGGAAGCUGUCUUUUCUGGAUCCUCAUAUAUCCCGGUCACCUCAAAGCUCGUGGAAGCGCCUUCAUCGCCUACGGACGAAUACGCAAUUCCGUUUCCGCAACGUAAAGCACGGUUUAUCAUUCUAGAUAUGGCUUUCGAUGAUGACUGGGUCUUUUCAUUUCCGAUUGGGUCUUGGAGAAGAAUAGUAAUGAACUUAUUCGGCAAUGCUAUUAAGUAUACCGACACUGGAUACAUUCAUGUUUCUUUGCGUUCGAGCAAACUAACAGAGAACACAAACGCCCCCACUGCGAUCACACUCACCAUCACGGAUACCGGCUCAGGUAUGAGCCCCGGGUUUCUUGCAAAUCGGAUAUUCCAUCCGUUCUCCCAGGAAGAUUCCCACGCGCCGGGUACAGGCUUAGGCUUGAGCAUAGUCCGACAGAUCAUCGAUACCAACGGUGGCAAGGUUGAGGUCAGCAGUGACCCCCAAGUCGGCACCAAACUCAUCGUCAAACUCGCCCUUACCAGACCCGAAGCUCCUGUCUCGUUGACAGCGGAAAGAGCGCAAUACCUGUCUCACCUACCGAGGCUAAAGGGGCGGAGAAUAUGCAUCCUUCGCAAGAAAAUAGCGGGACCAAGCGAGAAUACUAGCGUCUCAAAAACGGACGAAGGCCUUCUUCGCUUCACCAAUGCGCUAGCCUAUACCCUGGAGACGCAGCUCAAGAUGCAAGUUGUGAAGACAACCGAGUGGGAAGGCCACCAUGCAGAUAUCGUCAUCUGCCCUGAACUGUCUUUUGAUUAUCUCGCUACGAUUCGGAAACGAAGAGCUCACGGUCAACGCGCCCCAGUAACCGUCUUCGUCGGGAUGGAUGCACUCGAAGCUGCUACCCUCCGUUCUGAUGUCCGUGUGACAAAUCGGGAAUCUGUCGUUGAAAUUAUCACCCAACCUUGUGGCCCUUACAAGCUGGCCUAUGUUCUCAAUCGAUGUCUGGACCGCUUUGAUCAUCCAGCCGAAAACUUGCAGUACACUGCCCCAACUAGCCAGUUACUACAGCCCUUGUCGCAAGAAAUCAAGCAGCAUACCUAUCCCUCCUCACCGACCAACUCAUUGCAAAGCACCCUUGAGUCUUUAAAUUCGGACGCGUCUGGACCGGUCGCUUCAUCUACAGCUGGAUCCACUACUGCGCAGCCUUCGGUUACGUCGCCUACCGAAGAAGAGGAUCCUGUGAUAUCGCAUACGCUCAUUGUCGACGACAAUUUGUUGAACCGAAGGCUUCUCAUAGCAUACAUGAAGAAGAACGGACUUCAAUUCGAAGAAGCAUCAAAUGGGCAGGAAGCUUUGGACAAGUAUCGGGAAGGGUCGCGAAAAUUUGAUGUCAUACUGAUGGAUAUGUCCAUGCCAGUCAUGGACGGCAUGAGCGCCACACGUGCCAUUCGCGAAUACGAACGAGAUAAUAACAUGCCAAGGUGUUCUAUCGUUGCGCUUACUGGCUUAGUAUCAUCAAGUGCUAAGCUAGAAGCAUGGAGUUCAGGGAUUGAUCAUUUCAUGACGAAGCCGGUCAACUUCAAGGCGCUUGGAGAGCUUCUCAAGAACGAUGAGACACGGAGGCAUACGAGAAUGAGAAGUACGGGAAUUAUACGGGAUGCGGCUAAUAUAACCUCUGAAGACGGCCAAGCGACAUGA